AUCUAACCGGAGCUCCUCUCCUCAGAAGUUACAGAAGCUAUUCUGUAACACAGGCGAUAAAGAUCGGAGCAAAGGGAAGAAGAAUGACGACCAGUUUCGUUUACAAGGACCAAAGUGCCCCUAUCGAGCAGAGGGUCAAAGACCUUCUUUCCAGGAUGACUCUUGAGGAGAAAAUCGGACAAAUGACUCAGAUUGAACGCGCCGUUGCCACUCCCUCCGCCAUCACUAACCGUUUCAUAGGGAGUUUGCUGAGCGGAGGUGGAAGCAAGCCGUCGGAGAAUGCGGCGUCGGCGGAAUGGGCCGACAUGAUCGAUGGAUUCCAGAAGGCGGCGCUGGAGACCCGCUUAAGCAUUCCUAUUCUCUACGGGAUCGACGCCGUACACGGGAACAAUAACGUUUAUGGCGCCACCAUUUUCCCCCACAAUAUUGGGCUCGGAGCUACAAGGGAUGAGGAUUUAGUGAGGAGGAUAGGGGAAGUAACGGCUCUGGAAGUGAGGGCAAGUGGAUCUCAGUAUGCUUUUGCUCCUUGCGUAGCUGUUAGUAGAGAUCCUAGAUGGGGAAGAUGCUAUGAGAGCUAUGGUGAAAGCACUGAAGUUGUAAGCAAAUUGAGCUCACUUGUUACAGGCUUGCAAGGACAGGUUCCCCAAGGACAUGUGAAGGGCUACCCUUAUGUUGAUGGAAGAACUAAGGUCGUUGCGUGUGCAAAGCAUUACGUUGGUGAUGGGGGGACCGAUAAAGGAACAAAUGAAGGAAAUACACUAACAUCAUACGAUGAAUUGAUCAAUGAUCAUUUGGCUCCCUAUCUGGACUGCUUGUCUCAAGGAGUUUGCACUGUUAUGGCAUCAUACUCAAGCUGGAAUGGACGCAAAAUGCACUCUGACUAUCAUCUUCUUACUGAGAUUCUGAAGGAAAAACUGGGAUUUAAGGGUUUUGUGAUAUCAGAUUGGGAAGCGCUCGAUAGGCUUACUGACCCUCCAGGCUCAAAGUACCGUGAAAGCAUCUUGUCCUCAAUCAAUGCCGGAAUAGAUAUGGUGAUGGUGCCUUUUAGGUUUCAGUUAUUUCUGGAUGAACUGUUGUCUUUAGUAGAAUCAGGGGAGAUACCAAUGUCCAGGAUUGACGAUGCUGUUGAAAGAAUCCUGAGGGUCAAAUUUGUCUCAGGCAUAUUUGAGCAUCCUUAUGCAGAUAGAUCUUUAUUGGAUUUGGUUGGCUGUAAGGAACAUCGAGAAGUAGCACGCGAAGCUGUCCGCAAGUCCUUGGUUCUACUGAAGAAUGGGAAGAAUGACGAUAAACCAUUUCUUCCCUUAGACAAGAAUGCCAAAAGGAUCCUUAUUGCAGGAACACAUGCUGAUGACCUCGGUUACCAAUGUGGAGGCUGGACUUCUUCCUGGACUGGAUCCAGUGGCAAAGUCACAAUCGGUACAACCAUUUUGGAUGCCAUAAAAGGGGUUGUGGGUGAUGAGACAGAACUAGUAUUUGAGCCAAACCCUUCAACAGAAACAUUUAAUGGUCAAGAUUUCUCUUAUGCCAUUGUGGCUGUGGGAGAGACGCCAUACGUUGAAACCGGUGGAGAUGAUCCGCACCUCAAAAUUCCAUUGAACGGUUCUGAGAUUGUGAGCUAUGUCGCUGACAAGGUCCCCACUCUGAUGAUUCUGAUCUCCGGGAGGCCAAUGGUUAUAGAACCAAGCAUCCUGGAUAAGGUAGAGUCCCUAGUUGCUGCUUGGUUGCCUGGAAGUGAAGGAAGGGGAAUCACAGACGUUCUAUUUGGGGACUAUCCUUUCCAGGGUAAACUUCCCAUGACAUGGUUUAGAAGUGUUGAUCAACUACCUGUCCAUGCUCAAGAGAAUUCUGUUGAUCCGCUGUUUCCUUUCGGGUUCGGGCUGACACCCUAAACAGAACAAGAAGAACAAAUUGAGCCAUGGGAUGAUAUACUUAUUGUUUCAGUUGGCAGUGAAUUCCAACUGCAUUAUUGCUUAUACAUUGAAUAUUUAUGUAUAAGCCAACUUAAAACAUGAAUGCUUAUGGACAAUUAACUCUCAAUAUGUACGUAUAUAGUUUCUACUUAUACAAGCGCAAUGUUCAUUUUCACCACCCUCAUUGAACUCUAA